GCAACCGCGGUAUUAUAACGGAGCUCUCAACCUCAACUCAGGAGAUCGGAUAUUGAACACAUAACCAUUUGUCGAACAAACCCCGCGAAAUACGAUACGCCACAGAAUAUGAACGCGGCGCAGUCUCUCCCGCGGUUUCUGCUCCCUCGACUGAGCUGGACCAGCCCGCUCUCGACCGUCACCAACAUCCCGGGUGCUCCCGCUGUUGUCUUUCAGCAGGCGCGGAACAGUGCACCAGGAGCCGGAUGGCGCCCAUCGCCGACGAGAUCUCUCCAUACACCCGCCGCGGGUUCUACAAACAGGUGCGCGGUCAUGCGGCCGAAUAAUACGGAUUGCCGGCUAGGAAAGAGUCUAAGCAACAUCGUCCGCAACCCGGUGCUCCGCCGCUCGUUCCACGUCUCGGCGGCUCGGAGACGAGACCACCACUUUGACACGCUGCGCUUCGUGCAGCGGCUGCAAGAAGAGGGGUUCACAGAGGAGCAAUCCGUGGCCAUGAUGAAGGUGCUCAACGACGUCAUCGAGGAGAGCAUCCAAAACCUCACGCGCACGAUGGUGCCGCGCGAGGAGGCGGCCAAGACGACGUACACGCAGAAGGUGGACUUCGCCAAGCUGCGCAGCGAGCUGCUGUCGGCGGACAGCACCGAGUCGAACGCGACGCGGGCGUCGCACGAGAAGCUGACCAACGACAUCGCCAAGCUGAGCAGCCGGCUGCGCGACGAGAUCGGCCGCACGCAGGCGAGCGUGCGCCUCGAUCUCAACCUGGAGAAGGGCCGCAUCCGCGAGGAGGCCGUCUCGCAGGAGCUCAAGAUCAAGGAGACCGAGACCAAGAUCGAGCAGGAGGCCGCCGCCCUGCGCCAGCAGCUCGAGCAGGUCAAGUUCCAGACCCUGCAGUGGCUGAUGGGCGUGUGCACCGGCUUCGCGGCGCUGCUGCUGGGUGCUUGGAGGUUGCUGAUGUGAUGAGGAACGCAGCUAGCUGCAGCUGCAGCAAAAGGGCUGGCUAGGCUGGCGUGGGCUUAUUUACUCGCUUUGGCCUUGUUGAUACUAUCGUCAGCUGAACGAAGCAUGUCCAUUCAUUCUGCGUUAUUUCGUUCUUCACCUGGCAAUCUACGUAGGCGGAUGAGAGGCCUGUUCAACACGCCACAGGUUAUUCCUGCGUCUCAGCACUAGAUUGGCAAUACAGAAGAAGAAUAAGCAUGCACUUCAUGGGAUCUCGGGAACUUAAAAAGGACAGCCCAUCCCGCGGGUCCUGAAUUGUAUUUGCCCACCGCCACAUGUCGGACCCGUGAUAUACAAAUGCGGCUAGCUACCAAGAAUGCAGCGCCAGAGUAACUUAAAACAACGCAGGCCCGGUCAACCGCCUGCGGUGGGGGUUGCUUCAACCCCACGGCUCCGUUACGGAGAAGAAAAGAAAAGCGUGGCGGUGGUGCUGUUGUUGCUUGUUGUUGUUGUUGUUGUUUUAUGCGGGAUGAUGUAUGGCUGCCGCCUAUGUUUCCAAUAUCAACGCGCGAAAGAGAUUCGUUUUCUUUGUUUGCUUCCUCCCACGUCACGGCCUUGAAUCCUAAGAGCUGACCUGAGCAGGAAACUCAGCACCGGAGAAGGGAAGAACGUUUAGGCCUCGAUGAUGGAGCGAGCCGCAUUGUACAUGGCGUGCAGGUCGCGGGUGGCCUUGUUGCAGGCGCCGUCGGGGCUGUGGCAGGCGAAGCUGGCCUCGGCGGCGCGGCGGGAGAACUGCGGGUCGGUGGCCAUGCGGCGGGCGCGCUGGUGGUUGGCGGCGUCGAUGGUGUUGAUGACGGCGUUGGCGGCGCGCUUGGCGGUCCAGCACGCGUUGCCCUCGCUCUCGCACCGCUUGCGCUCCUCGGCGGCGAGGGCCAGCUCGUUGAUCUGGCUGCGGGCGAUGUGGGCCGUCUCGCUGGAGGACUCGUCGCGGGCGGCGAGGCUGGCGGACUCUCGCAGGGCAUUGGUGAAGGCGUCCGCGGCGCGCUUGACCGUGUCGCAGGGCUGGCCUUCGGUGGAGCACCAGCGCUUGUCUUCCUCCUGGGCCGGCGCCGCGUCCACGGACGCGAGCACGGCCAGGAGGGUGAGGGGGAGGGUGAACUUCAUGGUGUUGAAGUCC